AUGGAACUUGGUUUUGUUCUUUCCUGCAGGAAGGUUGAGACAGAGAACGGGUAUAUGAUCAGAGAUGCAUGUGAUCAGGACUAUAUACAUAAUCACAAGAAGCUUCUUAAUCCACUUGACCAUGCUUCACGUGUAUUAUAUUGAUGUUGGGCCAGGGGGAUGACUUAGUCCACAUGAAUCACUUGUAGUUGAAAUGUUCCCUAUUCCAGAUCAUGGUCUUGGACUGAACGACGUCCAGAGGAGUGACAGGCAGAACUGGCGAUCGGCUCAGAAACUUACAUUUCCACAGGUCGGGAACUGUCUGCAGAUGUUGAUGGAAGGCCUUGUCGAAGGCCACCCAAGAAACCCAUCGUUACUUGGUACUAAGAUCUACCUCCAUGUUGUAUGGUUGUAUGUGGAGAUUUUCUGCAGCAGUGUUGCCUAA